AGCAUGGAUGAUGUGGAUAGCGAUGCCAUCAUCAUUAUCACAGUCGUGUUUUUGUUCUUUUCCCUGGUCGCUGUUUCUCUUCGAUGCUUCGUUCGGUUGAAAGUUGUGAAAGCGUUUGGACGUGACGAUGCUUUAAUGGUGAUAGCAAUGAUCUUCAAUAUCGCAUUCGCCACGUGUGGCAUUGUGGGCGCUACAAAUGGUAUGGGGAAAACGCAGGCAUAUCUAGCUCAUCGACCGAAUGUUGCUCGACGGGGCUUGUUGUGCUGGUGGCUAGGACAGAUCUUCUACAUAUUCACAUGCACGAUUGCUAGGCUGUCCAUUGCCAUGACCCUUCUUCGUCUGGCGGUUGAGCGCAUCCAUUCAUGGAUUCUCUACGGAGUAAUGGGAUUCUCUACUGCCGUGGGAAUUGUAUUUCUUUUCUUCACCAUUUUUCAAUGCCAUGCGGUGUCCUGCUUCUGGAAUCGCUUGCCAACAGGAUGCCACUGCCUCAGCAAGGCUACCCUCCUCGGCAUUGUCUAUAUGUAUAGUGGCGUGGCGACCGUGUGUGAUUUCACACUUGGUUUGCUCCCUAUCUAUAUGAUCUGGAAGCUUCAAAUGGAUCGUCAAACAAAAUUUGCCGUGUCAGGCAUUCUGGGUAUUGCAUGCAUGUUCGUUCUCCAUGCCGAUUUUCUCACUUUUGGACCAUCUUCUAACACAGGUUCUUCUCAAGUGCGAGCACUGCUGUCAUCAUUCGAAUCCCAUUUCUACAUUACGCCAGUAGUCCAGAUUUCCUCCGUGAGUUUAUACCAGCGCCAUUUCCGCUAUACUGGUUCUAACUUAGACUCAGAUGCAACCUACCAGAUUUCCAUAUGGUCGAACCUAGAAGCCAGUCUCGGCAUCACGGCCGGAUGCCUCAUGACGGUUCGACCUCUUCUUCGAAUCAUAUCGCAUGCGGCUUCGUCCUCCCCAAGCGAAAACAGCCCUGUGGCUUCAGUUCCGAUGUUAAGCGAUCGUGGUCGUAACGCGGUGUUCAAAUCGCGAGGUGAGCACGGCGGAAGUCUAUCUAGUGCACCCACCGAGGAAUUUUUGGAAAACUCAAGAGAAAAUCCGCAAUGUGAUGGGAUCGACUAA